CCAAAAAGAUCCAUUCUUAAAGAGCCGUUCGUUCGCGAAUAAUCUAUCACUAGGAAGAAGAAAAUUAAUAUGGCAGCAGGUAGCUCCUGCACGAUAGUGGAAUAUUUCGGGGGCGAUGACGGCUACCGCUGUGGUUAUUGUAAAAAUGAGAAGGGUAACUUCUCUCAUGGGAUGUGGUCACACGCCAUGACAGUACAAGACUACCAGGAUCUCAUAGACAGAGGAUGGAGACGAAGCGGGAAGUAUGUUUACAAGCCCAUCAUGAACAAGACCUGCUGUCCACAGUACACCAUCAGGUGUCAUGCCUUGAACUUUCAGCCAUCUAAAACCCACAAGAAGAUCCUGAAGAAGAUGAGCAAGUUUCUGUCUAAAGGGGAGAUGCCAACGGAACAAGGCGAUGGGGAGCCCAUGGACUCGCUGUGUGAGGAGGGAGGACUGCACGGCCCUGUUAAAGUCUGUCACUCUGAGGUGGCGAGUCCUGUGGUCACAGCCAUUCUGACUGAGGAGGGAGACACCACACCAGGCGAGUUUGAAACUGCUAGAAAAGACCCAGUGUCUGUUCCAGACGGGAGAGGACCAGAAACAACCCCCAAACCGGGGGUAGGAGCGGACCCCGGCAGGCCGUUGUGUAGGAAAGCCAAGGAACUGCGGAAGGCUCGCCGGCUGCAGAAGGACCAGAAGAGACAGGUGGGGGGUGGAGUCCCGGUCUCUGCGACCUCUAUCCCCACCACGCCCGUCCAGCUCAACCAACCCAAAGCCCUGGAGGAGUUCAUCAACGAAUCUCUGCCCGAUAGUCCUCUGCACCGCCUCGAGGUGAGGCUAGUGCGCUCCAACCCCCCCAGUUCACAGUUCAAAGCCUCUUUCGACGCCUCCUACCAGGUGUACAAACUCUACCAGAUGGCCAUUCACCACGACCCUCCAGACAAGCCCACCGAGAGCCAGGUGAGGCUAGUGCCCGUCAAUGAUGAUGAUCCUCAGUUCAUGGCGACCUAUGAGCAGUCGGCAGCGCUGUACGCACGCUACCAGAUGGCUGUUCACGGCGACACCCCUUCCGAGUGUAACGAGAGUGAGUUCAGGAGAUUUCUCUGUGACUCACCACUUGAGAUGGAGACGCCUCCGGAUGGACCAGCGGCGGGCUACGGUUCCUUCCACCAACAGUACUGGCUGGAUGGCCGCAUCGUGGCAGUGGGAGUAGUGGACAUCCUGCCCACCUGCGUGUCCUCGGUCUACCUGUACUACCACCCCGACUUCGCCUCUCUGUCACUGGGCUCCUACUCUGCACUCAGGGAGGUUGCCUUCACCAGGCAGCUGCAGAAACAGUCCCCCAAGCUGUGCUUCUACUACCUGGGCUUCUACAUCCACUCCUGCAACAAGAUGCGAUACAAGGGGCAGUACCAGCCUUCAGACCUCCUGUGCCCAGAGACAUAUGUCUUUGUGCCCAUAGAAUGCUGCAUCCCCAGCCUGGAGCAGAACCACUACGCACGCUUCAACCAGGACCCCGACGCAGGUGACACACAUGUACUGAAGGACCUGGGUCGUGCUCUGGUGCUGUACAGACGGACGGUCAUGCCCUACGCCGCCUACGCCCGCAAACGCAAGUGCUCCAACGACGAGAUGGAGGUGGCGCAGUACGCUGGCCUGGUGGGCCAGGUCUGUGCUGAGAGGAUCCUGCUAUACCGGGCGUAACCCACUGGGGGCGCCACCGCUACCCUGCACCUUGAUCCGCUCAUGUGUCUCUGUCUGUCCUGCUGUCUUUGUAAGUGCUUUCCACUGCUUCACUCUACAAUAGCCUCACGAAGUUUAGCUCUACUACACAUAGGCCGAACCAACACAUUCAAGUAUGUACCUGCUUUCAAGAAAGAAUUCACACCCCUUCACUUUUUUCACAUUCUGUUGUGUUACAGCCUGUAUUUUAAAUGGAUUAAAUUGAGAUUGUGUCACUGGCCUAAACAUAAUACCCCAGAAUGGAAUUAUGUUUUUAGAAAUGUUUACAAAUUAAUUAAAAAUGAAAGCUGAAAUGUCUUGAGUAUUCAACCCCUUUGUUAUAGCAAGCCUAAAUAAGUUUAGAAGUAGAAAUGUUUAGAAGUAGAAAUGUGCAAGUCACAUACUAAUUUCAUAUACAGUACGCUAUCGCAAAAAUAAUAAUUUUGGUUGCCUUUAAGAAGGCUUUGGGUAAAAAAAACACAAUAGCAUUUUGAUUAGUUUGUUACUGUAGGACAGUCAAGAUCACUUUCGCAGCCAAAAAGCAAGCGGCGAUCUACUGCUCAGAAUUUUCUUAAAACAUAACUUAAGACAUGAACCUAAUAAAAACAGUUGUGUAGGAAUGAAGUCUGUGCAGUAGGUAUAGUACAUUAUCACAGCAUAUUGGCUAUAUGCCUGGCCUGCCAAUAUUGUUCUUCUCAGACCAUAUUAUAUUUCAAACUCAAGCUUUGAUAACAAAAUAAAUCAGUUGGCAAGGCACAUCUGAGCAUGAAUUUAAAUAUAUUUUUCAAAUAAUUCGCUUUUUUAUUGUACCAAAAGUAUGUGGACACAUGCUCGUCGACCAUCUCAUUCCAAAAUAAUGGGGAUUA